AAACUACGUAAACUGGAUGCGUCGUGAUGGGCGUGAGUUUGUUGUUUUCACUUCCUGUGAUGCAUUUCACUUUCCGGUUCCAACAUGGCAGCGCCCGUUGCUAACGGUGUGCCUGUGGAGGAAAAUGCUGUCGAAAUUCAUCAGGCACUGGCUGAACAAACAAACGAAGAACAGAAGAGACCACAGUUUGGGACUCGUUUUUUAACAGACCCUCGUCAAGUCUUUCAGCACAACGCAUGGGAUAACGUAGAGUGGUCAGAGGAGCAGGAAGCAGCUGCACGCAGGAAAGUUCAGGAGCAUAGCCAGCCUCUCCCAGCUGACAAACAAGAGGACUACGACAGCCAUGCAGACCAGUACUGGAAUGAUUUCUAUACCAUCCAUGUGAACCGGUUCUUUAAAGACCGCCACUGGCUCUUCACGGAAUUUCCUGAGUUGGCCCCAAAAUGUAGGUCCCAUCAGUCUACACUGGAAGGGGAUGAACACCCUGACCAGGACAAGGAAAGGGAAGACAUUUCUCUCCAGAAUGGAAAGUUCCCUGGGGCAUCCAGCUCGUAUCGCAUAUUGGAGGUAGGCUGUGGUGUGGGGAACACAGUCUUUCCCAUCCUGAAGACCAACAAUGACCCAGGACUGUUUGUUUACUGCUGUGAUUUCUCCAGCACAGCAGUGGAGCUGGUAAAGUCUAAUCCAGAGUAUGAUGCAACUCGCUGCCACGCCUUCGUUCAUGACCUGAGUGACGAGUCAGCCCAGUACCCAAUCCCAGAGGAGAGUCUAGAUGUCAUCAUACUCAUCUUUGUCUUGUCUGCUCUACAUCCUGACAAGAUGCAGGCGUCUAUAUGUAGGCUCGCUCAGUUGUUGAAGCCUGGCGGGAUGCUAUUGCUAAGAGACUACGGACGCUAUGACAUGGCACAGCUACGCUUCAAAAAAGGGAGAUGUUUGUCUGAGAACUUCUAUGCACGAGGAGACGGCACACGAGUCUAUUUCUUCACUCAAGAUGAGCUACACAGCUGGUUCUGUGGUGCUGGGCUGCAGAAGGUGCAGAACUUGGUAGAUCGGCGACUGCAGGUGAACCGUGGCAAGCAGCUGACCAUGUACAGAGUCUGGGUCCAGUGCAAGUACCAGAAGCCCCAUUCAGAGCAUAAGGACUCGGAGACCAGGAACUCUGAGGAGGAUCAGUGUGAAAGCUAGGGCUGCUGUUCUGGCCCAAACCUGCACUCAGUGAAUGUGAGAGGUUUGCAUGCCAAGACCAUCAGAUGUCUAGCGAUAGACUUGCGGGAAGUCCAGCACUCAACAUGAAGAACGACAUUUGUAGCUUUGGGCCAAAGGGCUGGUAUUGUUAUUAGAUUGGUCAAGUGUUUUUCAGUCACCAACUUGAUUUUAGGUUUAAUAUGGGAUUUUUCAGCCACGGAACAAUCUAUGCUUGAAAUUACUGUAAGUCACAUAUCUGUUACAAAGUUUUUUUUUUCAGAUCUUUGUACAGAAAUACCUUGAAUCUCAAAGCAUUUUAAGUCAGUUUUAACAUGAAACAAAAUAUUUUAGAGAUGGAUAUGUAUUGUCCAUACAUUUCUGGACACCCAGCCCUUGCACAGUGCUCUUGAAAUACACCUGAUCAGUCUGUUUGUGCCUUCUGAUCCCAGGCAAUAUAUAAUGUGUGUGUUCUUGUUUGAAGAGGCUUACCAGAAUGGGUUGCCAUGAUGGGUUCAAACAGGGGCACUGGAAGUCUGCUGAGACAAGCAACUUCAUUUAGCAGCAUGGUGAGAUGUGGACUCUCAAGUUCUAAGAUUCAGCUGUUAACAUUUGGCAGACUGCUGUCAUUUUUAUUCAUAUAUGAUUUUGAUGAAAUUCCUUUGUAUCUUUGCAAUUAAAAAUGAAUUGUCAUUA